UGCCCAGUGUGUGUUUGACCUCGAGCCUGAGCGGAGGCUGGUGUACUGCGCUCCCUCCCAGUAAGUGAAGCGGGCCCUAUUGCCUACAGCUUGACGGUGAGGGCCUCGAGUGACACGCACUCCAUCAUGAGUGGAGGGACUUAAACUAGUGCCGCAGUUGAUAAUUAGUGCUUCAUUAGGACUAGCGCCACAGUAGGUAACUAGUGCAGAGUGGAUGGCUAGGCUAGUUCCCUGAGGCCGUGGCUAGUGGCGUAGAAGUGAGAGAAGGAAGACACAAGAACGUGUAGGAGAAAUGGAUAGCUGGAAGAAAGGCAAACAGGUGGUUUGUUGCAUGUGUGAGCCAUACAACACCCGGGGUUGACGCCCACACCUGCCCGCCCCGCGCACGCCCACACUUGCCGCCCCGCGCACGCCCACACACGCCCACACAAUGGCGACACGGGCGGGGAAGGCGCGGGAACUGUCGUCCACCUACCAAAGCUUCGCUGACACCGGACCAACUUACUCCUACCUGGAUCUGAGUCGCGCCCGCAGCGACGAGUCGCUCAUGUGGGCGGCGGGGGAAGAAGCCGCCGCCCUCGUCGCCGAGCUGAGGGCCUCUCUGGCGGGCACACCCAUCACCCGCCCUCACCACCACGACGACGACGACGACGACCUGGAGAUGUCUGUCGUGUCCACCCUGGGCAGAGUGUCGUUGGACAGGGUGUCGUUAGGGAAGUCCUCGCUGUACAGCAGCACGGGGCGUUCCCUCUCCUUCACAGACCUCCACUCCGCCGCCACCUCCGCAGAGGACCUCCGCCUCUUCUGCUUCCACCCGUCGCGCCUCCCCUGCAGCGCCCACUGCACCUCCCCGCACUCCUCUUCCUCCUCCUCCUCCGCCUCCUCCACUGCCUCCUCCCGCAGCGCCGCCUCCACCUGCGGCAGCGGCGUUAACAUUUUGGGAGGCGGCGGCGUCAAGCGCACUCCCAUGAGGACCUUCGGCGGCAGCUGGCGCUCCCUUCUUAAGUUGGGCGGGAUGAGUGGGCGUGGGAAGCCCGCGGCGGCGGUGAAGGUGUCGCCGCCCACAGUGCCAGACUCCGGGGUCACCCACAGGCACUCCGGCUCUUCCUUCAGCUCCGGCGUGUAUAGCGCCGGCGACCAGCGCUCCUCCUACUCCUCCUCCGUCAGCGACGAGAACCCACCAGCCUCGCCUCGCAGCCCCGCCAGAGGCGGUGUGUGUGACCACGGACGGCUGGGUAGCGGUGGCGGCGGCGGCACGCAGCUUGCUGGCACCAACAGCUCGCCCUCACACUACAACAACCAGCAGUUUACCUUCCCUGUCCCGCCACACCAGCAACAGGUGCCUCAGUUCGCGCACCUGAUGUGUCCGAAGACGUCCCCUGGCUCGCCCCACCACCUGCCGCAGGACACCACCUACUACCUCACCUACCAGCACCAGACCUCCCUCGAGGACCAGGGUAUCGAUGUUCAGUCUCCGGGUCGGUCGAGCCCCGGGUCAGGCAGCGGGUCGUCGACGACAGGCUCGACGGCGUCGUCUGGCGGGUGUCGGAACUCCACCACCUCGCUCGACUCCGGCCGGGCCUCCACCACCACCCACUCCCACCAGCACAGGCUGAGCGGGCAGAGCUACGACAGCGGCUCCAUCCUCCGUCACAGCUACCACUCUUCCAGCUCCAGUUUGGGCUCCAUGGAACACGACCCAGCAACCCACGUCAACGUUCCAGAACUGCUGAACAACGGAGUCAGAGAUUCAGAAGUGUUAGGUGCUUGGUUAACAGAUCUUCGCUUUGAGGAAUACUAUGAAAAGUUUAUAUCUGCUGGCUAUGACAUGCCAACAAUUUCACGGAUGACUCCAGAAGACUUGAAUGCCAUUGGCAUCACAAAGCCUGCUCAUCGGAAAAAACUUAAAGCUGAAAUAACCAGACUCAACAUCUCAGAUGGACUACCUGAUUUUAUACCAGGUCGUUUGGAGGAUUGGUUAUCAAUUUUGCGGCUUGAGGAAUACACAGCUUCACUAAGGCAACAGAAGUACACAUCUGUGGAGCAGAUGACACAGCUCACUUGGGAAGAUCUGGAAGAUAUUGGAAUUACUAAGUUGGGUCAUCAGAAAAAAGUGAUGUUGGCUAUUAAACGUGUGAAGGAUAUAAUGGCUGGAAAGAAGUUCACCAAUACUCAAGACCCACGGCAACAGUCACAUUAUGGAGCACAUGAAAUUAUGAUUUCUAGAGAAGCUUCAGAGGGACGAGAUCAAUAUGCCAGCGUGCCAGAAUUCCGUACGUUUUCUGGUCCUGGACACUAUGGCAAUGGGGAGCAUAACCGACUUAGUGGCCCUGCAGACUCUGGGGUUCAUUAUGGUGUGCAGACUCAUUAUGUUCCUGGUGUUCAAUAUGGCCCUAUGCCACCCCCUCCACAAGCACAUGUGCAUCCAAUGUCUCAGCAAACCGGACCAUUUCAUCCAUCCAACCAAUUUAGUGCUCCACAAGGCCCCUCACCUCCAGGAUCAAAACUUGCAAAUAUUCCACCUCACCCUCUCCCUGGUCCGGGUCAGGUUCAAUAUCGGCCUGAUUUAGUUGCAGUUCAGGUCCGACCAGGUGGAAGAGGAAGGAGUAUUGAGAGCUUAGAAGAGCCAAUUUAUGGCACAUACCAUACAUUCCAUCCAGACAGUAGACUACAAUUUGUUCAAGGGCCUAUGUCACUUGGUAGUUUACCACCAAGACCUUUCUUGCCAACAUCUAUGGGGACACCAAAUCCACAGCGGUCAAUGGAUGAUGGUGACAUUACUCCCACAAAUGAAUAUGCGAAUAAUUAUGAGGGUGGAGGAACAUUACCCAGACCUCGUACUGCUAACAAACUCCGACCAGUUGCUAAAGUUACAGCAAAGACCCGUGUGGAUGUCCAUGAAGUACCACAGUUUAUUAAAGAUGGAAUGAACCUGAAGAAACCUUCUCAAAAAGAAGAAAUUAACAUGAAAGAUUUAAAUAUAAAGGAAUUAAACUUAAAAGCACUAAAUCGGCAAAAUUCUGAGAAGAUAUAUAAUACCAGUCAAGGUACUGGAAGUAGUAAUAACACACCCCAGGGAACACCUAAGAAAAUUCCUCCUCCUCCUCCUCGCCGCUCAAACUCUAUUAGUGAGACUUCCAAAGAAGCAGCAUUACAAGAAAGCCAAUAUGGGUAUCUGCGACGGGGGUUGUCAUAUGGGUACAUGGGAAUUAAGAAUAAUUUACAGCCUGAUGUCACUCCAGACCUGCCACCUCCACCAGCACCACCCGAUAGUGCCAAUCACCAACACCUACCCGACGACUUCCCACCUCCACCACCUCCAUUAACAUGUGUUACAAUGGCCAGUUCUACACGUAUUACAGCCAGUUCAACAAUAACGACUUCAUCUAUUACCAGCGACUCCCUAGCCACAUCGCAGACUUCAACAACUUCAUCUGAAGAUGAUGUUUCGACAGGGUUUCGGCCAAGGCGAAAUGAUUCCAAUGCUAGCUUUAAGUCUACCUCCAGUACAGAUUCUGAAUCCUUGCCAUUUGCAAAUGAAAAUGCUGGGACUAUUAAGCAGCGAGCUUGCCGUCCUCAUCCAGGAUUGACUGUAUUGGAUACUCGAAACUCUCCGCAUUCUUCCCCGCGCUCCUCUCCUGCUUUGCGUCGGAAGGACGCUCAGCCCCCUCUCCGACAAAAUCCUAUCGCUAAUACAGAAUCUACUGGACAAAUCAAAUCAAACUCGAGUUCUCCAGAUGGCACAGGCGAUGUCCUUAAUGACAUUGGAAAUAUGCUGGCAAACCUCACGGAUGAACUAGAUGCAAUGCUUGAACAGGAAGUUAUUCUGAAAAAUUAAAUGUCCAGAAUCAUCCACUAAAAAAAAAAAAAAUUUAAACCAUUGUAUAGUCAUAUGGUUAGUUUUGGUGCUUGUGGCACAAUUUUCCAAAUUAUUAAGAAUAUAGUGAUCAGUUAAGAAAAUGACAAUUUUUAGAGAUCAACCAUACAAUCAACUAUAAUUUUGAGCAACAGAAAGAAUACAGAGAACAUAAAUAAGUUUAAGUAAAUUUAUAGCAUGUAAUAAUGUCGUUAGAAGACUUUCUUGGUGACAUUGCUUAUAAAGUUGAUUGCAAGCUUAGUUCAGCAGACCUCAAUAACAUAUCUCAGUUUGAUAGUACUCUAUCAGUCUUGAUUAAAGGAAUAGUGACAGUUUCAACAAUUUGUCCCAACUUAAAAAAAAACAAGAGAUAGAAGGUUUAUCUUGUUCUUUGGAUAAUAGCUAAAUGUUAAGACUGAUAGAUCUUGUUAAUGUAGAAGACCUGCUGAAUAGCUGUUUGUAUUUGUGUGAAUACUUGGCUCAUAGCCUAUAAACAUGUCAUCUUAUAGACUGAAAAGGUACUUACAUCAGUGUUUAUUAAUCCAUUUGCAAUAUUUUUGCAAACAUAUGCAAUGUGAUCUCAAAAGCAUUAGUAUGUUGUAAUACUGUACACAUGCGAUUCAGUAAUUACAGUACAUAACUGACAACUAUUGAGGCUACAUGAAACCAUAGUAUGAAUACUGUAUAUGUGUAAUCGAAAAGGUUUUCUGUGCUCUGCCAAAUGGGAUUAGAAGAUAGAGUAGAAGUUAAAAAAAAAAAAACUGCAUGUCAGCCAUAAACCAGACAAUCAUGAAACCAACCACACUUUAG